AUGAGCGCCAGCACAACCAGUACAAGUACAUGCUCGGUAAAACCAUCGAAGUCUCAAGAUGAAGAACAAGAGUCCCAGGGAACUCCGAACGUCCCGUUCUCGAUAUUCACAUCUGCAUCUAAAUAUCUCAUUACGAUUAUGGCCUCGAUCGCAAGUUUAAUUUCGCCAAUGUCCUCCAACAUCUACUUGACAGCUCUGAAUCCGAUCGCGGAUGAUCUGCACGUUAGCGAUUCCAAAGUCAAUUUCACGAUCACGACUUUUAUGAUUCUCCAGGGCAUUUCGCCCGUUUUCAUUGCCACCUGUUCUGACGUCGCGGGUCGGAGGCCGGCGUUUAUGGUUUGCUUCACGCUAUACAUUGCGGCUAACAUUGGACUGGCGCUGCAAUCAGACUAUGGCAGUUUACUUGGUCUGCGAUGUCUUCAAAGCGCGGGGUCCUCGCCGACCAUUGCGCUGGCGAGCGCAGUGGCUGUUGAUAUCGCAGCUUCUAAGCAGAGAGGGUCGUUCUUGGGCGUGAUGCUGGCCUUGCAGAUUAUUGGACCUACAGUUGCUCCUGUGGCUGGCGGUUUAUUGACUUACCAUCUAGGGUGGCAUGCUAUAUUUUGGUUCCUGGGUAUCGCGGCCGUCGCUCUACUCGUUCCCAUGGUGCUUUUCUUUCCUGAAACUUCACGCAACGUGGUUCAUGACGGAUCAACUCCUCCACCUUGGUGGAAUAGAAGUAUCAAACAGAUGCUCUGUCGGAAUCGGCACUGGAAGACAUCCAACCAGCCUGUCAAUACAGAGACCCGGCUCAAAAACCCUCUGCCCAUCUUACGGGUCAUUCUCACUGAUCCUGAAUCUCUUAUGAUUCUGUUGAUCAUAGGCCAAAGCUACAGUGGCAUAUACUCUCUCAUGACCACCAUCCCAAGUCUCAUGCACAGCACUUACGGAUAUACCAGCGAGCAGAUAGGAUAUCUCUUUCUCGCCUGGAGCGCCGGCACAGUGACGUCCACCUUCACCACGGGCACGUAUCUCGACUGGGUGUAUCGGCGCGAAGCACGACAGAUGAACCUCGACCCAGACACCGAUAUGAGGGACUAUCCCGACUUUCCGAUCGAGAAAGCCCGUCUCCAAUUCGCUUUUCCCGUUCUGGGCAUAACCGGCGCCACAAUUAUUGUCUACGGCUGGCUCCUGGAGUACCAAUACCCCGUCGCAUUCGUGUACUGCUUGGAGCUCAUCUUCGGCUUCUGGGCCUCCUCCAUCUGCCAGGUCGGUACCACCUUGAUCAUGGACCUCCAUCCAGGCUUCCCUGCCGCCGCGGGUGCGACCGUGAAUCUGGUGCGGUGUCUGCUGGGCGCGGGUGUGACAGCGAGCGCGCACCCACUCCUCCACAAGAUUGGAACAGGCUGGUUCCACACGUUCGCUGGCGUAGUGUGGGUUUGGUGUGGAAUCCCGAUGGUGUGGUGGGUCAUCCGCAAUGGGGUUCACUUGCGAAAAAGGCGGGACUCGAAGCUGGCUUGA